CCGCGCGCGCGCGGAGCCGCCUCGCCUGCUGGCCGCGCCGAGGGACAGGCAUCGCGCCGGAGCAGCCCGCUUCCGCUCCCCUCUGCCCGCGCCGACGGGAGUGCAGAUCCAUCCGGGCUCGGAUUCAUUUCCUCUGAUCCUGGCCCUUCCAGAUGCUCCCCGGUUUCCGAUUCGGCGGUAGAAAUCAUCACAAGAAUCUCUGGUCAGCGAGCUAUUAAAAGGGCGCUCUGUGUUUCCUGUCGCAGGUUGACUUGCGCUGUGAUUCGCCCAUGGCGAGCAAACGAGAUUGCCAGCACAAAUUCACCGCAUAUAUUCCUCUUUGCCUCUUUCGUGUUGCAUCGCGGAGCAACUUUUCACAGACUAACAGCCCAUGAAUUUUGUGCCAAGGUGGGUGCCGUAUGCAGCAGAGCAGCCUGCCUACACCCUACAGAUUGUUGGCACCUGCCACCUGAACAGUCAAGCAAGGCAGCACGCAUUUUUAUCCCUCUGCGGCAAUGUUUGCACAGUGAGCUUUGUGGAUUUGCUUCCUUUUUUAGCUAGUACCAGGUGCAGUGAGCCGUGCGGCAAUUACUCCGCCCUCCUCCUUCCAUGGUGGAUUCCUGUUCACUCCGCCAGGGAAGGCUGCCCCUGCCUGUGCCUUUCUGGGCAUCUCUUACUCUUGACUCUUCACAGCAUGUUCUUUCUGUGUGCUGUUAGGGCCUUAGGGACCCUACUUAAAUAAUUCAGCAAUCAACCACCAAUCUGUAUUUUUGUUUUUAGUUUUUUUAAUAAUCCUUAUCCCUAUGAUCUGGUCCUGUAUUUCACGAAAGAAAGGUAUCCGUAUGACUGAUGUGUAAAGGCUGUGGUAGAGUGGUCAGUGCCUCUGUGGUAGGAGUAGGUUGUAUUGCUAGUCUGGGGUUUUGGGCACGGAAAGAGCUGUUGGUUCACUGCUAUGGAAAUCUCACCUUACUUCUUACGAUAGACUGUUACAAUGGGCUGUAAGCUUGCAUAUUGCCUGAUCAUCUGCCUUUAUUUGGUUGUUAUGUUCAUGUUUGUUCAUUUAGGGUACGGCUUUAUCAUUUGUAUUGUCAAACCAGCAUCAAGAAUCAUGUAGUCUGGAUCUGGAUAGCCCAGAAAGCUGCACUCCAUCUCCUGUUGGUAUAUGUCGAGUUUUUAUGGGUUUGGCUCAUGUCGCAGUUCUCAUGCUAGUGGAAUCUCUAGUAAAAAGUUGAGGGAUUAUACCUACUUUCUUGGGAUUCUGACGGUUUACAUUAGUAUAAGUUUGCGUCGGAAAGUGAAGACUAACUAACAUUAUUCUGUCAAUGUUUCUACAGGUGCUUUGCAAAGUUGCCCUAUUUUUCUGGUUGUUGGCUUUAGUAGGUGUACAGCAUACUACUUUUGUUUUUUUGCUUUUACUCCUUUUCCCUUUUUGUUAUCCAGGCCUGCAAUGCUAUUCAUUUCAUUUGAAGGUUAGUGAAUUUAGACAGUUCUCAUGUCGGGAGUAGAGCCUCGUGUACUUAAGUAGUUUCUUACUAUUCUGUCGAUAGACUUCCCAACUAUGCUGCAGAUUCGGUUUCCAGCUCGGUUAGUGUUUGUGAACCGUGGUAUCUUUUGUCAUGCACUGUAUCUAAACUUUCAAGUAUUUGUUCAAAUUUGCAACAGCAAAAUGCCUUCAGCUGUAUUCAUUUAAGUAGCCAAAAUUUUGCUUGUUCUUCAUGUAUAGUUUGUGUCACUCUUCUUACAAUUUUUUGCUUUGGUUUCUCUAUGGACAUAAAGCCAAGAUUCUGCCAGUACAAAUGCCGAUCUGUAGCUGUGAAGAGACUAUCAACGAGUUUGAGAUGUUAACACGCGAUGCUGGACGCGUGCAGCAGGAUACACUAAAAAGGAUCCUUGAGUUGAAUGCUGAUGCUGAAUAUCUUAACCACUUUGGCCUCAAUGGGAGGAUGGAUGUAGAGAGCUACAAAUCCUGCAUCCCGCUGUGCGUUCACAGCGAUCUCGAGCCAUAUAUCCAAAGGAUUGCUGAUGGUGAUACCUCCCCAAUCCUCACUGGGAAGCCCGUCACUUCCCUGUCUCUCAGUUCUGGUACAACACAGGGAAAGCCUAAAUUCUUGCCAUUUAAUGAUGAAUUGCUUGAGACCACACUUCAAACAUUCCAGACUUCUUAUGCAUUUAGGAACUGUGAAUAUCCUAUAGGCAAAGGAAAGGCCUUGCAGUUUAUCUAUGGUAGCAAGCAAGUGGUAACAAAAGGUGGCAUCCUUGCUACAACUGCAACAACAAACUUGUACCGGAGGCCACGUUACAAGGAAGGGAUGAAGGAUAUCCAGUCUCAGUGUUGCAGUCCUGAUGAAGUUGUUUUUGGCCCUGACUUCCACCAGUCCUUAUAUUGUCACUUGCUCUGUGGGUUAAUAUACUCUGACGAGGUCCAUCAGGUGUUCUCAACAUUUGCUCACAGCUUAGUCCAUGCAUUUCAAACAUUUGAGGAAGUUUGGGAAGAUCUAUGUGCCGACAUAAGAGAUGGUGUUCUCUCAGAAAAAGUUACCGUGCCAUCAAUUCGUGAAGCCGUUACAAAGAUCCUGAAACCCAACCCUGAACUUGCCGACUCGAUCCACAGGAAGUGUAUGGGCUUAAGCAACUGGUAUGGUGUAAUCCCAGCACUCUGGCCAAAUGCAAAGUAUGUCUACGGCAUCAUGACAGGAUCCAUGGAGCCAUAUCUAAAGAAAUUAAGACAUUAUGCUGGCCAUUUACCACUGAUAAGUGCGGACUAUGGUGCAUCUGAAGGAUGGGUUGGCGCUAAUAUAAACCCAUCACUGCCACCUGAACAGGUGACAUAUGCUGUACUCCCUCAGACUGCUUAUUUCGAGUUCAUUCCUUUAGAGAAGCCAAAAGGGGAGGAGUCAGAGAACAGUGCAUCCAUUCAUUACAUAGAAUCGGAUCCAGUUGGCUUGACUGAAGUGAAGAUCGGCAAAAUCUAUGAAGUUAUAAUAACUACCUUUGGAGGUCUGUACCGCUACAGGCUAGGAGAUAUUGUGAAGGUAGCGGGCUUCCACAACUCAACACCUGAGCUCCAGUUCAUCUGCCGCAGAAGCUUAGUCCUGAGCAUCAACAUCGACAAGAACACUGAAAAAGACCUCCAGCUGGCUGUUGAGGAAGCAGGAAAGCUCUUGGAAGCGGAGAAGCUGGAAAUUGUGGAUUUUACUAGCUUCGUGGAGAAAUCAAGUGAUCCCGGUCGCUAUGUCAUCUUCUGGGAGCUGAGCUCUGAUGCAAGCGAGGAUGUCUUACAAAACUGUGCAAAUUGCUUGGAUCUAGCCUUUGUCGAUGCAGGAUAUGUGGGUUCAAGGAAGAUCAAGACCAUUGGCCCCCUUGAGCUACGGAUACUGAAGAAGGGAACCUUCGAGGAGAUCCUAGAUCACUUCCUGAGCCUUGGUGGUGCUGUGAGUCAGUUCAAGACGCCUCGAUUUGUCAACCCAUUAAACAUCAAGGUACUGCAGAUACUAAUUAGGAACACCACCAAAAGUUACUUCAGUACUGCAUAUGGGCUCUGA